AUGGUCUCGAAACUAUUAAUUGUUAGCUUCUGUAUUGCUUCUUUAACGAUGGCUAAACCUCAGUCAGAGGAAGAAGUAAAAAGCUCUAAGCGACGGCAGUACAUUCAACCUAUGGCUGGUGCAGCACAGACCCCACGAAACAUACAGUUAGCACCUAUGCUUGCGCCUAUGGCACCUCCUCCCAUGCCAGUAGCUUCCGCACCUCCUCCGGUGCCAGUAGCUUUCCAACCAGCCGUAGCAGUGGCACCAACGGGGCAAUGCCCAGGUGGCCCAUCUCUCCCAAUUGAAUGCGAUCCCAAACGCCCAUGGCCACAAUGCCCACCCCAGUCUUACUGCUAUGCUACCAACUCAGUCGAUGUCGGACCAUAUUUCUGCUGCCCCGUCUGGUCCACCUACGGUGCCGCUUGGAGACCAGCUACUCCGUUCUAUAACUACGUUCCACCUAUGCCAGCUAACUGGCCCGAUGUUAUGAAAGUUACUGCCAAUUGGCCAUCUGCCGCUAUCGGGCUUCCUGUCAAAGCUAGAAAGCCCGUCUCCAAUCAAGAAGAGACGGAAGGAGAAAGCCAGAUAGGAUCGUCCAUAAACGAUUGGCUCGAAAGACAAGCAGCUCUGAGUCCAGAUCAAAAAAAAUCGAAUAAUGCAGUCCUUACGAAAAAAGCAUCCUACCCCAAAGACUGCAAAAAAAAUCCUUUUUGCGAUGCUCAGUUCGAGAAAACACCUAACUUCACUCUGACUGCGCAAAGCAAAACUGCAGUCGAUUUUGGCUUAAUUCUUAUACAGCAGAGAAUGGCCACAGCCACAAAGUUUGAUUUGAAAUUGUCAGCCCAGGAAGAAAAGCAAGAGGAGUGA